AUGAGCCCUGCUGACGACCGCACCUUUGGCGUACGAGAUGCCGUGGCAAGCAGCGAGGGCCGCACCCGCAACGCAGCCAGCCAUGUCAUACAGGAGGCGAUCAACCUCGUCGCCGAAGCUCACAGGCUCUCAGCAGCCUCUCCACCCUUUGUAAAACUGGCAGCCCAAUUACGAGGCGGCUGGGCGGAUGCAGGUCUUGUUUUCUGGCCUCUCGUCAUGACCCAUGACGGCUCGGCAUGGACACGACCUCAGCGUCGCAAGCACGCCCUGAUUGAAGAAUUCGUGCUUGGGCUAGCACAGCACCGCUCAGCACACGGCGCUGUACCUCUCAUGUUCAGGAGAAGCGAGGAUUGCGAGAAUGCAAUGUGA